UUUUUUUUUUUUUUAGUUAGCAUGGUCUUUAAAAUCUGAAUGUUGUGUUUGCAGCUUUUUUGUAUAGUUCAGAUUGUAAGAACGUGCAAAAUCUAGUUACCCAAAGAGUAGUUUCAAAGGGGGAAGAAACAAAAAGUUUGUGUACCUGACAACAUGGGCUUUAUACUGUGUACAGUGGUGGUCUGGAAUUAUUUAGAUUUCCAGCUCCAUAAAUUUCCUGUGAUCAUUAGAAAGUUGUGAGAUGUUAAACCUCAACAUCAGAAUGGCUUUGUGCUUGUCUCCCCCUUAAAAAUUGUAAGCAAUCACUACAGCCACUUCUAGGAGUCAUCAGACCUCGGAUUCAUGGUCUUAAUUAACAGAAGUCUAGGCACAAUUUGUGUCUGAUGCUGAAUGUUUUCACAUCAGCUUCUGGAGUUUUGUUAUGGAUGAAUUUAGAAAUACAGAGAUCAAGGGAAGGAAGAUUAAAUAAAGGAGCCUGUGGUGUAUUGUUUGUUGGCGUGGAUAGGGUUUUUUGUUUUGUUUUGGGAUAUUUUUGUAAGUCUGGUAGAAUUAAGAUUACUCUUAUCAAUACAGACAUGUCAAAGCCAAAAGGUCAUUCAGAAACUGAGGUGGGUUGUAAUUUGUUUUAUUUUUGCACAUCUGGUAUGUCUGUAUGACUUCCGAGUAUAGCUACUCAUACUACCUUAUCUCUUAUGCCUUAUAAAUGACUUUGUUUUUCAGUGUCAUCCCCCUCCCCCUUCAUUUUUCUGGUUAGUGUUUUUAAAUGUACAGGCUGACUUUUCAGUGUGUAGUGGAAGUUUUCUUAGGUUCUUGUAUACUGUUGUUGUCAGUGAAAGCUGAUUAAACCCAUGAUUUUACCUGUGUACCCAUAUAGAUUAUGCUGUUAAUGAUUGAAUUGGUAAACAAUGUACAAAUUAAAUGAAACAGUUUGCUGAGCUUCUUUGCCUUAACCAAUAGUCAACUGUAUAAAACAUUGCUUUAUUGGCAGGAACUUUUUAAAAUAAUAAAAACAAGAACUUAGCUGAUAAGGCAGCGGAAGAUGCAGCUACUUCAGUCAUCUUUUCCAAUGAAGUAGUUCUCAGAGCAGAGACAAUCAAAGGAGCAGCAGAAUGUUUUCUGGACACUAGAAGAACAACUGUGCUGAAUCGGUCUGCAUGUCUAGCCUAGCAUCUUGUCUGAGGAGCGUCACUAGUUUAUGCAUAGGAAAAGAGAAUCAGAAUGACUAAAAAAAGGAAACAUCAAGAAGAUUUCCAGAAAGUGAAAUUAAAAGUUGGGAAAAAAAAGCCUAAACUAGAGAAUGCAACCGAUACUACCUUCAAAACAAAGGCCAUACAAAUUCCUGAGCAGCUUAAAGAAGAUGGAGUGCUUCCUACGCAAAAUAGAAAACUUAACAUAAAGGAUCUGCUUUCACAGAUGCAUCACUAUAGUCCUGGGGUUAAGCAUAAUGCACUCCUUGGGCUCAAAGAUCUCCUGUCUCAGUAUCCAUUUGUAAUUGAUGCACACCUUUCAAACAUAAUAAGUGAGGUGGCAGCUGUGUUUACAGACAAAGAUUCUGGUGUCAGAGGAGCAGCUGUUCACCUGCUGCAAUUCUUGGCUUCAAAAAUAAGAGCAGAACAGAUUGCUCCGUUUUUUCCUUUGGUAAGUGCCCAUCUAUCCAGUGCCAUGACUCAUAUCAGUGAGGGAAUUCAGGAAGAUUCAUUGAAAGUCUUGGACGUUUUAUUGGAAGCAUACCCAGCUCUUCUCACAGACCGCAGCAGUAUAUUGUUGAAGAAUUUUGUAGAGCUUAUUUCUCACCAGCAACUGUCAAAAAGACUGAAAAACAGAGAGAAACUUUCCUGGAUGCUCUCUGUUAACCCAAAUCGCAGAGUGACUUCUCAGCAGUGGAGGCUGAACGUACUUAGCAGGCUCAAGAAGUUUCUCCAAGCAGUGGUAGAUGGAUCCAGUGAACUAGAGGAUGAAGGGCUUCAAGAACAGAAGGAUAGCCCUCAUUCUGCGAGGAACCCAAUAUGUAUAAGUUGGAAGGUCCAUGCAAAUAAUCAGCAACAUGUACAGCUGUUUGAAAAUGGUGGCUUACGACCAAAGAUCAACUCAUCAUUUAGACUGAGGUCUCUGGCAAGUGUAAUGGACAGUGCAGAAAAAGGCCUGUCCUCGGCUGAAAACUUAAAAGGUUUUAUUGAGAUAAUAAUUCCAUUACUGAUUGAGUGCUGGAUUGAAGCAUCUCCUGCACAAUCAGCUCCCAUUCUCGGAAACCUUUUGGAAUCAGAAUCUCAGCAGCUUAUGCAGCAAGUGCUUAGUAUAAUACAUUUAUUGUGGAAACUCACAAAGCGACAUGAUGAAACAUACAAAAUGGAACUAUGGCUUCGAAUGAAUUACCUUGUUGAUUUCAAGCACCACUUCAUGCGUCAUUUUCCUUAUUCUUUACAAGAAACAGUAAAACACAAAAAGAAAGAUUCGUGCAAAGGCAACAAGUAUUGUACGACAUCCUCAAACAGCGUAGACCAUCUUUUACUGAACUUAACCUUGUGUGACAUAAUGGUUUCACUAGCAAGCACUUCAACACUUCAGAUGGAUUCUGGUUGGCUGGACAUGAUAAGGAAGUUUGUGACAGAUACUCUUCAGGAUGGCAGUAAGCUGAAUAGCAAGCAGGUGAACAGAUUGCUUGGUGUGACUUGGAGACUAAUGCAAAUACAGCAAAACAAAGUGGCAACAGAACCCUUGAUAAAAGCAGUAUAUACACUGUACCAGCAAAGGAAUCUCCUCUUUCCAGUUCGUACAUUGCUUUUGAAAUUCUUUAGCAGAGUUUACCUGAAAGAAGAUUUGAGGACUCAAAGAAUCAGAAGUCGAAGUAAAGUUUUAUCUCGUUGGUUGGCUGGCUUACCUCAGCAGCUUGCUCUGCUUGGCUUGAGAAACCCUGAGCUUUCAAAUCAGCUGAUUGACAUCAUUCAUUCUGCUGCUUCUCGUUCAAACAAGGAAUUAUUGCAAAGUUUACAAGCCACUGCUGCUCGAAUAUAUGAUCCGCUAGAUGGUACCCUGGUCCUGCUGCCGGCCGAGGCGCAGCGGCGGCUGGUGCAGCUGGUGUACUUCCUGCCCUGCCUGCCCGCCAGCCUGCUCGCCGGCCUCAGCCGCUGCUGCAUCAUGGGCAGGAUGUCCUCCGAGCUGGCGGCCACCCUCAUCGGGAUACUGCACAUGAGAUCAUCCUUUGCAGGCUGGAAGUGCCAAGUGCAGGAUAAUUCAGUGAAUGAUGUGGACUAUUUCAGCUUCUUGUUUUCAACCCUUAUAGGGUUUUCAAGAGAGGAGUUGACUAGUCUCCAGGGCAUUAGAGGAAAACCACACAUUAGCCAGACACAGCUUUCACCUGUCCGUCUUUACCUAACUGAUCUGGACCAGUUUUUACACCACUGGGCUGUGACAGAGAUGAUCUGUCACAGCUUGUCCACUAUACCUUCACAGAGUCAGUGUUUCGACAUUCUCCAGACUGGCAUCUGUAAAUAUCUGGUUGGAUUGGUUGUAAUACCUGAUAGCACAGCUGGAUCUGUUCUGUGUGCCAUAAAUAAGCUCUUGGAUCAAGCUUGCAUCCUAAGUGAAAACCUGCACAAGUUCUUAGCCUCUUGUUGUUACAGUCUUCUCUACUUCCUGCUAACUUUAGACAAAGAGGAUGCAGAACAUGUACAGAAAAGGGAUAUGCUGUGGGGAUCGUGUAUUUCUGCAUUAGCACUCCUGCCACGAUUACUGAGACUGAUGCUGCAGAGUCUGCAAGUGAGCAGGAUCUGUCAGGAAGAACUGCCUGUUGUUGCUCAGUUGCUUCGCUUACUAAUGCAGCAUGGUCAGCUCAGGAGCCAUAUGAUCACAAAUGAAUUUCUGGUGCAACAGAUUAUCAAGGACAUCAUGACACUGAAGAGCGGUGAAGUUCAAGAGCAGUGGCUGACAGACCUCCAUUACUGUUUCAACAUCUACCUUGCCUCUCAUCCCCAGGGACCUGGCCCUAUAAACGCGGUAUAUUAAAGAGGUCGAACUGCAUUUAUUGUAAAGCAUUUACUUCUAUUUAGUUUUGAAUGGAAGAGGUUGGAACAAAGCUUGUCAAUUUUUUUAAGUGAAACAGAAUAAAAAUUUUACAAAGAA